AUGAGCCAGCGCCAGCGCCGCAGCGGCCCGCGGGCCGACAUGGCCCCCGAGAUCGCCGCCGCCGCGGGCUUCGUGUCCGGGCUGCUGCGCGCGCGGGGCUGCGUGAGCGAGCAGCGGCUGCAGGUGUUCAGCGGCGCGCUGCGGGAGGCGCUCGCAGAGCACUACAAGCACCACUGGUUCCCCGAGAAGCCCUUCAAAGGCUCCGGCUACCGCUGCAUCCGCAUCAACCACAAAAUGGACCCCAUCAUCAGCAAGGCGGCGAGCCGCAUCGGACUGAGCCUCCCGCAGCUCUACCAGCUGCUGCCCAGCGAGCUCACGCUCUGGGUGGACCCCUACGAGGUGUCCUACCGCAUCGGCGAGGACGGCUCCAUCUGCGUCUUGUACGAAGCGGCGGCCGCGAAGGCCGGCAGCUCCUGCGGGAUGCUCGCCUGCAAGAACCAGAUGAUGCUGGGGCGCACCAGCCCUUCCAAAAACUACAUCAUGACCGUCUCCAGCUAAACACUCCUCUUGUCCUCACGCCGCCGAGACACAGGCUACUGUAUACCUCACCCGAGGAUCUAUUUUUAAGAUGAAGAGCUAUUUAUAUUUUUUAAAAAAAUCCAAGAAAAUCCAAAAUUAAAAUAUUGGGCGCUGCUUUGGACAGAAGCAGUGCCCCAGGUGCCUUUUUUUUAAAGCUGUUGCAAGCUUAUGAGUUUUUAUUAUGAAGCCGAUAUCUACCUAAUGAGUAUUGGAUGGCAAUUUUAGUGGGCUGGCUUGCUCACUCRGGCAGCUUGGAAUGGAGGAAGAGGGGGAAGAGCAGCACUGGGAAGCAUGGCUUGGUGCUGGGAGGUGGCUGUGUUGCCUGGUCCCAGUACCCAACMGUGCUGCUGUGUCACCAAGUAUCGCAGUAUUGUUGGGGAAGGGAUGAGGGAGGUGCUGUUUCCCUCGCUAACCCCCCACUUCCCAGCUGGGCUGAACUCUGGGACCUGGAUGUGGCAUCUGGGGGGACCUUUCCUAGCCUCAGGGCUUGGUGGUACUAGGGAUCCCUCUCCUUGCUUUCCCCUAUYUUCUCUGGACCUGCUGGAUUCUGCAGCUCUGCUCUGCCCCGUUCCUGAUGUGAACCAAUGGGACAUGGGGCCACCCCAACCUCUGCAUCUGUCAGAAAAGGCCCCUGGGGAUGUGGGUGCCCUGUGAAAUGGAGCACAGCAGAGAUGCACGGAGGGCCCGGCUGUCCRGAGAAGGUUCCUGGGAUGAGCAUUCCCAUUGCUGGGGUGGUCCUGGCAGUUCCAAAGCUUUUUCAAGGCUGAGAUUUUGGGUGCUACGGUGUCAUGGCAUUUUUAAAUUCAAACACUUCCCCCUCUUCCUCCGAGUAAGCGGCGAGUGGCUGAUGGUGGGAGCUGUGCCUGGUGCCAAAGGGGCAUCGGCWGGUUCUGGUUUCUUUGGUAUCUAAGUGUUUUGCACAACUGCUGUCUGCUCCGUGCUUUGCCUGUUCAAGUGGAAUCUGGSAGUCCUCAUGGUACGUGCGGCUGGGGAGACUUGCCGGAGCGCUCAGGAUUUGGCCCUUCACCUGCUCUGGCAAYUGCUGACAGGGUGGGAACGGCAAGUGCUGCCCGAGACCUUUAUCUGCCUGUUGGGAAUGAGCCUUUACCAGGACGCUCCAUGUCCAUUGCCUUUAUAAUGACCCACGGUAAUCCAGGGAGAAGUGACCUGAAACCCAGGGCAUUGACGUGGUUUGGUCUAACGAAACUUCUCCGAUUUGUUUCCCAGCUCUUGUUUCUAGCCUUCCUUUCUGACCUGGCAGCUGACUGGCAUAACCAGAGUUGUUCUUUCCCAGUCUUUGAGUCAAGUUCUCAAACAUUUGUGCAAUAUAUUUCCAAAUCUUGGAUGCUCUGGGAGAGGAAGGAAGCCUCCCAGUUGCCACAGUUCUUAGCUUGUUUAUUUUAAGCRUAUAAGAAAAUCCAGCUGAGCUUCCCAACUCUCCAAUUACUUAUGUGAGAAGCUAGGUCUGGAUUUUUGUAGUUCUGAAUCAUGAAUUGUUGAACUGGAAAACCAGCCUCGAUUGUUUUAUCCUGUAAAGAUGCCAAGGGGUGAGUUGCUUGUCCUUGAGCAGUAAUAGCAGACUAGUGCUGAAGCUGCAUCACUUCCUUCUACGUCACUUCUCACAACAGCAAAGCAGAAGCUGCAGCGAAGCACUGGGGCUUUUCCCUUGGUGAAAUUGUGCAAUAGGUAACGUCGCAAAGAAGGGCAUAUUGGGGAACUUCCAAAAAGUAAACUACACUUUCCUUUAUUUCAAGGAGGAGAGCUCCAAAUGCUGUUUGGAGACCUUGUUUUUCACCUGGUUGUGUGGAAAGCCUGGGAUGAGACGUGCAGCGUGUCCAGGACAAACUGUGUGCUUGGCUGGGUGGGGAGUUUCCCAAUGGCUGGUACUUCCUUGGGUUGUCAUUUCUUAUGGUCGAUGUGGUCUUUUAAGGUUACCCUCAUACUCUUCCUUCUGUCUCGACAGAAGAGUUUGUGGCCAACCAGCCCACGCUCAGAGGAAUAUUCUGCGAGGGCUUUUACUGUGCCCCUGUUCUCAAAGCAAAAAUAACCAAACCUCAUUCUCUUUGUCCCUGGCAUGGAGGAGUUGUGACAUUUAAAAAGUGUCUUGUAUUUUUAGCUUCAAAAMCAACCAAACGUGGGUGUAAUUCAUUUCUCUUGUAGCUGGUUACCUGUAAAAGCUGUGAAUUAGUGUGCUCUGUUGCCUUCUGCCUAUAAGCCUGGUAGCCUUGUUUGCAGAGC